CAAAUUCACCUUUUAUUAAGAUAUAUCCAUCCAUUCUUGCUAUGACUUGUUGAAUAUUCGAAUGAUAAUCAUAAAAGAGAAUGUUGACUAGUGAAUUGUUUAUUUUGCAGAAAAGUGCGCAAAGGCACUAUAAUCGUCAAGACUUCUACUAUGUGGCUAACGAGAAGAGAGAAGGGCAUGAAAGAAAUACGUCAAGGCUUGAGCGUGAAGGAAAGAAGUAAUGUAGGGGAGCAAACUAAAAGAAGAGGAGGAUCUUCUUGGGAAGAAAGAAGAAAGGAGGAGGGCCAAAGUAAAAAAAAGACAAAACAGAGGAGGGGAUAAAAAAUCCCUAGCGCAGCCGAUCCCCAUCAGGCCUGGCAUCUCAUCUCUCUCCCUCACCCCUCCUUCUCCACCACCGGCCGCCGCCGCGGCCAGGCCGGCGUGGCGGUGCGCCUGCUGCUCCUCCACUCAGCCACGAGCACCAUCCGCCGCACCAUCCAUCCAUCCCAGCCGCGUCGCGCCAUCCAUCCACCACUCCACCAGCGCCGCAUCCCCAACAUCCAACACCGCCGCGCCACACCACCAGCAGCCUCCAUCCUCCAAACCACCAGUACACCACCACCAUCGCCAACUCCCUCUUCCUUCCUCUGCUCUCUCAACUUCCUGCUGCUACUACUGCUCCAAUCCCCACGCUGCUCACAUUACUCUUCCUUGCUGUUGUUCCUUUACUGAAGAAAACGACCUGCUGCUGUUCUGCAGUUGUUGCGGUUCUGAACUCUGAAUCCCCUGCUGAACUGCUACUGCUCCUAAUCUUCUUCUCCAACUCCUUCAGUUCCUUCUCUGAACCUGCUGCUUCUACUGCUUCUUCACCCGCAAACUGCUGCAGCUCUCUUUCUUUCUCUUCCUCCCUCUCUUUCUAUGCAUGUGUGUGUAAUUUCUGUGAGUUAUUUGUGGAUGCUAGAUCAACCAUAUUCAAAUCAGUAUCAGUUCUAUAUGUGUCUGUAUGUCAGCUAGUUCACUAUAACAAAUUGUGCUUUUAUUUUAUAUUGAGAUUGAUCUUUGUGAAGUCAGAUGUGUGAUUGUGUUUGAUCUCUAGUUAAUAGUUAGUUAAGUACCUAUGGUAUAUAUACAUAUGUGUAUGUUUGUGAUGUGAUACAUUUAUAUUCUGUCCUAUAUCCAUGAUUCUUCUCUCUGUACAUGUUAGAUAAAUCCAUGUGUUCUAGUCUUGUUGAUUCUCUUGAGUGAUGAUGUUCUCCUGUGUUAGUGUGCUAAUUUCUCAAGCAUAUAGAAAAUACCAAAACGAUUGUUGAAGAUAAUCUGAACCUUUCUGUAUUUUUUUUGCAUUUUCUUUGUCGACGAUCUUUGGGAACGACCUUGUUAGUUUAGUUUUUAUUUUCUGCAUUCAUCUCUUAAAAUUGUGUUACCUAGCUCUAGCCGAGCAUAGUCGUCGUCGCCUAGUCCUUGUGGAGAACACGACAUCCGUAGUUUGGGGCGUAAAAACCCCGCUAUAUUAUAAUUGAUCAUUUUGGCGCUGUUGCCGGGGACUAGCGUCGAGCGUUUGUGUGAGGCUUUAGACUAGGUUUAGCUUGUUUCCUUUUUGUGCUUUAUAUAUUUGUGAUAUAUCUCUAGACACUAACCCCUGUUCUAGUUAGUAUCUUUUUGUCUUCUUUUCCUUUUUGCAGGUUGGAUUAUCCUCUCGGUUAUGGCUUACUAUUCAGAUCAUCAGGCUUAUGCGAGCAACACUACAAACAACACGGAAAGUGUUCAAGAACUGAUAGGGCCAUUCGCCCGCUGAAUGUCAACGUGGUUACUCCCAUCCUCCGGAUUGUUUUGGCAUGAGCUUCACUCAACAGCAUAGCUCAUACCAAAACAAUUACACACAUGGGUGGCCUGAAAACCAGAAUAUGUCAUAUAGGAGCAAUAACCCUGAGAUCUCAUCGUUUGCUUCUAGUAAUCAUAUGCAGGGAUUUGGGUACAAUGAGGAGAGCCACAACUAUGCAUCAAAACAAUUCCAUUCAGCUCCUACUCAUAUACCACAGCACCAGGAGAUGUGUCCAAUGGAGUUAAAUGGUCCUCCAUUUGGUCAACCAACAACUCCAGCACCUGUUGUGCAAUCUCAUGUGCAAGUGCCCACAAAAGAUGAGUUCGAUGACAUAGACAAGCUCUCACUUUUGAGUCUCGAGUUCACUUGGAGUGCCGAGGAUGAUCCUAUCAGGAAGGUUAUACUAGAGGGAAUGAAGAAGAUUAAGAGUGGAAAGGAGCUAGUGGAAGAAGUAAGGAAGAUUGAGAAGAACAUCAACGCUGGCAGUACUAUCUCUUCCCUCCUUGAGUUGAGUGUUGCUGGGAUAUCCCUUGAGGUGUGUGAGGUUUCAACACUGUCACAUUCAGCUGAGCAAGAUAGCGAGAGUCCAGAGGAAGAGAUACCUCAGAUUGAAGAAGAUGAACUAGAAGACAAGGAACAAGAUGGUCAAGAGCUGCAAUUCCCAAGUGAUCAAGUUGAAGAUUCAUCAUCUAUUACUCCUGAAGAAGUACAAGAAGCUGCUGUAGAUGAAGAUGAAGAACAUGAGAUUCAUUUGCCUAUUUUCAUACCAGAGCAUGAUGUGUCAGGUUUACUCAAUCCUCUUGAUGACAUGAUGCCUUGUGAUUUCUUUGCUACCACCUUGCAUUACAUGAUACCAUCACUUAAGAUUGAUUUGAAAACUCAUUUGCUUGGAUAUGAUGAUAUAUACCCUGUUAGUGGCAUUGCUCUCAUUUGUGAUGAUCACAAUUACUUUCCUCAUGCUAGUCUUGAGCUUAAUGAUAAAUGUCAUCCUCGUGUGAGUAUUGACCAUGCUGAUUUCUGCCAUCCUAAACAUGUGCUUUAUAGUUAUGCUUAUAUAAUUGGAUAUUCCAUUGAUGACUUGGAGGGCAUCGACCGUAUCACUUGUAGUUGUUUGUGUGAGUCCUAUUUCAGGCUUUUGCUACUGCACUGUUUAUUACAUGCUGACCAGGUUCGAGGUGACAUUCCUUGGGAUCCUGGUGGAGUCAGAGCAUGGCGAUGAGGGGAGCACAAACAGGGAACACAAACAGAGAAGAGUGGAGAGAAAAAAGUAGGAGAGAAGAGUAUACAAAUACCAGGUGAUUCUGUUCCACUUGAAGCAACCUUUAGAAAAUUUAGUACGAGAACUGGCAUUUAAUUGCAUUGAAACUCUUUUUGCAUUGUGACACCUUACUCUUCACUGCAAAGUAGGAUUCACUCCAAGAAGAUUGUUGAUUCUCUUAAUACUAAAACUAUGCAGCUGUAUUCCUCUUAUGGUAAUUUGUGAUAAUGAAUACUUUAUACCUCCAUGUAAAUGUUCAAUGGGAAUGCCUUGAGUCUAAGUGAAACCUACUAAUGAAUUGAUGUGUUGUGCCUGAUUGUCCCAAGUUAAGCUAAGUAACUGGUGGCACUUAAGUAGUAGCUAUGAUCUCUGGAUCUGUAGUAUGUGAAAAACAGUGCCAUUAGCUAUGGAUUCCUCUUUCAAUUAUUCCUAUUUUACUUAAGCUAAGUAAUUUUCUAAUAACUAAAUAAAAUAAUUAUAAUAAUUUAAGUCCGAUCGACCUACAGUAGCAUGUCAUGUUCCCUGGAUCGGUGGCUUGUGAAAUCUGGUAGAUUGGACUGUAAAAAAUUUUAUAUAAAAAAUGCUAUAAUUUGUCGAACCAGGUGUAUACCAUGUUCUCGAGAUUGGUGGUAUGUUCCUUUGGGGAGAUAAUAACAAAAAAAUAUACUAAUAAUUUGUCGAACCAGGUGUAUACCAUGUUGUCGGGAUCGGUGGUAUGUUCCUUUGGGGAGAUAACAAAAAAAAUAUACUAAUAAUUUGGUCGAGCCAGGUGUAUACCAUGUUCUCGGGAUCGGUGGUAUGUUCCUUUGGUGAGACUGAUAUAAUAUCAUCACUUGUGCUUUAAAUUCAAUAAGUAACUUGUUAUUCUAAUUGAUUUUGGGGUCCCAGCUUAUCUCAGGGCUGAAGACAGAGCCAGCUCUUGAUUAUUAGUAUUCACUUUGACUCAAGGCCAUUGACUUGGAACAUUUACAGUGUGUUAUAAAAUAUUUCUUAUCACAAUUUAGCUUCAGUAGAGUACAUUUGCUUAGUUCUAGUAUUGUCGGAAUUACUAUCUAUCAGAAAGUGCAUCUUUACUAGGCAGUGUGAGUUGUGUCACCAUCAAUUUUUUUUCCUUUGCUUGAGGACAAGCAAAGAUUUAAGUGUGGGGGAACUUGAUAAGCACAUUUCUUAUAUACUAUUUGGGCACACAAAUUCACCUUUUAUUGAGAUAUAUCCAUCCAUUCUUGCUAUGACUUGUUGAAUAUUCGAAUGAUAAUCAUAAAAGAGAAUGUUACCUAGUGAAUUGUUUAUUUUGCAGAAAAGUGCGCAAAGGCACUAUAAUCGUCAAGACUUCUACUAUGUGGCUAACGAGAAGAGAGAAGGGCAUGAAAGAAAUACGUCAAGGCUUGAGCGUGAAGGAAAGAAGUAAUGUAGGGGAGCAAACUAAAAGAAGAGGAGGAUCUUCUUGGGAAGAAAGAAGAAAGGAGGAGGGCCAAAGUAAAAAAAAGACAGAACAGAGGAGGGAUCAAAAAUCCCUAGCGCAGCCGAUCCCCAUCAGGCCUGGCAUCUCAUCUCUCUCCCUCACCCCUCCUUCUCCACCACCGGCCGCCGCCGCGGCCAGGCCGGCGUGGCGGUGCGCCUGCUGCUCCUCCACUCAGCCACGAGCACCAUCCGCCGCACCAUCCAUCCAUCCCAGCCGCGCCGCACCAUCCAUCCACCACUCCACCAGCGCCGCAUCCCCAACAUCCAACACCGCCGCGCCUGUGACACCCCCGAUUCAAUCGUACACUAAUCAU